AUUAUGUGUCAGUUAUUGUUUUCAAUUACACAAAACUAAGUAAAUAUAUAGUAAUUAGUAAUAUUUAAACAUAUAAAUUACAUCAAUAAUAACAUUCCAAACUUUAUGUUUUUGUACGUUUAUAAAAACAUCGACCUACGUUCUUGAACGUCUUUGAUAAUAAUUCUUUUGUAUACGUUUCACAACCUAGGGGCAUACGAAAUUACGAAAGCUUUAAUAAACUUAGUACCUCCUAAAUCUAAGAAAAAUGACGGAGCUAUUACCGCUUGAAGAAUCUGAAAAAGAUCGAAUGAAGUCAAUUCUCAGCGGCUUUCAAAUUAAUUAUAUGAAUCUACGAGAUGUGGACACAGGUAAAGUUAUUUGGCAGCAUAACGAUGAUAUGUCAAAUCCAGAUGUUGAGCAUGAGGCGCGCGUUCCGAAACGUAUCCUCAAGUCUAGAGUUGUGUCUCGCGAGAUGAAUUUCAGCUCUGUAGAGUCUAUGGACAAAUUUCGACUAGAACAGAAAGUUCUAUUCAAAGGUAGAUGUCUAGAGGAAUGGUUCUUCGAGUUUGGAUAUGUGAUUCCUAAUUCCACCAACACCUGGCAAUCCAUCAUAGAAUCGGCACCAGAGUCCCAGAUGAUGCCUGCUAAUGUACUUAACGGGAAUGUCGUGAUUGAAACUAAGUUCUUCGAUGGAGAUUUUCUCAUAACAACGUCGCGUGUUCGCCUGUUUUACGUUUAAACGACUUUUGUAAUGAUAGGCAUUUAUUUUAUGUAGAUGUAUGUUUCUAAUAUAUGCAUUUAUCAUGCACAAUUUUAAUGGUAUUUAUAUACUAAUGUCAUAAUUUUAAACAAGUCUAGUCAAAUAUUUGAAACGCAUAAUGUGCACUUGAUGUUUAAGAUAGAUAAUGUUGAAACUAAAUUACACACAAUGUUCAAGAUUUGAUGUAUUUUUAUCCUUCACGUGUAUUUAAAUAGAUGAAUAUGCAUUGUAACUAUUUCAAACUACUUAUAAUGGGUUAGAAAAUAUAUAUGUAGAACUGUCUGAAUGGCUUAACUUAAAAUGUAUGAGGGGGUCUACUAGUCUAGGGGCUAUUCUUUGCUUUGCAAAUAAAUGGACCAACAUCUGCAUUUUAUGCCAGAGGAGUCCUGCUCUAACAAGCCGUCCAGCAACAGGAUACUUCAAUGGCAGGAGCAUAGCACUUGGAACUGCCAUAACCAUAUCCCAUCACAAAGGUGAUGAGCGAUGAAAGCAUGAAAGAGAGGGGCGAAGAACUGAAUAUAAUUCCACUUAAUUUGACUGAUGUAUUGAAGGCUACACACCAGGUGUGUAGUUGUAGUAGGUGUGUAAAUAAAUAGUUUUGAUACUUUAACGACGGGAUGUAAUUAAAAUCAGUGAUACGAAACUUAUUACAAAAGUUAUCGAUUUAUUUAUAAUUAAGUACAUUUUAAAAUUUUGAUAAGUCGUAUUUCUAAUUAAAACUCGUUUGGCCGAACGGAUAGUAAAUUCUAAUUUUAAAUUAACCUUGGUUUUUAACCUAUUACACUUCUGCAACUGGUCCAGCAGUAGAUACUUUUAUAUGGCAACGAUGCUUGAUUGGUUAGUGGUCCGUGACUACUACCGUGGUCGUUUCUACCUCACCAUUUUCAGGGCCUACUAUGUUUAUAGCCGUCAUAGUUGUAAUGUGCGGCCGUAUACAUUAGAGCAGUUGCAGAUGCGGGAAGCACAUUUCGUGUUCGAACAUAGAGUAUACGUACGUUCACCUUUCGAAGUAUCCGUCUCGCAAGAAAAACAAGAUUUGAUCGUGGGUGAGAUUGAAAUAGAGUGCAAAUGAUUGUGGGAUUGAUGGAAGCGAUUGGUAGAAAUACGAAAAGAACGCAUGCUCCUUGUCACAAAACAGAUACAAAUAUCUAGUUUCACUUCCACGCUCUAUUUACUAUUUUUUUAUUCAAACUGAGCUUAGACUAUUUUAGAAAUAAGUUUUAAAGAACAUCGUUAAAAUCUGUGUUAGUUGUUAAAGUGUAAUGUCAAACCACUUUCAAUAAAAAGCAUUUUCUAUCUAUA